AUUAUUAAGAUGGAAUCAAUUUUGGUAAAAAAUAACUUUUAAAAAAAUUGAAAUAUUAUUUUAGUAAAAAGACACGAAUGUAUAAUUGGUAGGGCUAGGAUGUUGACAAGUGGAGGGCAGAGAUGGAGAGUGGAGGAGCUUGAGCACACACCAAUUGGGGCGUCAUCGUCAGGCAAUAGACAGCCUUUAACACUCCCAUUUCUUCGUUUUUCUUCGCUCAGAAUUUUCCACUCAUCAAAUUCUCUCGCGAUUCGUCCCAACGCCAUUUCUUCUUCUUCUUUCUCUAUCACUGUUUCCUUGAACCCCAUCUCCUCCAUUUCUCUCCUUUUCAACAUCAAUUCUUGAGCUAAGCAACUCCCAAUUAGUCUCCAUCGUUAAAACAGAGGAAAAUUUUUAAAACCCUCUCAAAAGUUUUGGACUUGUGAGGAGAUUGAAGUGAUUGUCGAUGUUCAUAUUGCGAAAAAUUUCUUAUACCUUGUUUCUCAAUCGGGAGUUAAGUUGUUGAAUGUUGUAGUUUCUAUUGAAAUGCUCGUUUUGUUGAGACAAGGGAUUUCAAUCCAUGAUCAUCGUCGCAUUCUCCUUCUGCCUUUUUCAAUUCUAUGUGUGUUUUUGCCUGAAUUCGACCAAAAACUCCAUUGAUGUUGGGUUUAUUGAUUCGAUUCUAUCUAAUUGCAGCUUCACUCAUUGUUGAAGCAUUCGAUUCUUUUUGUUCCCUUUUUUACUUAUUUGGGAUUUUGAAUCGUUUGGGUGUUUGCUUCGGAGUGGGGUUUGAAUCAGUGAGAUCCAGGUUUACUUGGAAUUGGUCUCGAGGAUUUGGCAUUGCCGAGCUUUUAAGUUCCACUUCAAUCCUUGACUUGGGAACGACACUGGAUACUCAUACCCGUUGGCAGUGAUUCAUAACUUGAGGAAAUAGAUCUGUGGAACAUAAAGCUUCUGUUGUUAUUUGCGUUUGAUCUUCAGAAGGGGAUGAUUUUUGCAAUGAAUUCUGGGUUAAAGGAGGAUUUUCUGGUUCUUGAUUGGCUUAGAGCACUUCAUAGAAGACUGGGUUAUAGUGGUCGUCUUUUCAUACUGAAGAAACCUUUUGGGUUGACAUAAUUUUCCCUUUUGUUUUUUUGCAAAAUCUCAUGCCAAGAAGCUUAGGUUUCAUUAGUUUGACUGAGUUGUAGUUAGUUUGGUAUUGUUUGUUCAAAUUUCUUCUGUGCAAAAGGCUAUUGAGUAAGUUUGUAGAACGAAUUUGAGGAAAUAUCAUUUGCUGAAUGGGAGAAUUUCUGGUUGCUCAGAAACUAUUAAAGCUCUAGAAGAAUUAUAGAUGUUGAAAACAAGUACAACAUGGGGCAGUGGAGGGAACAAACUAGCUUCAUUCCCAACAAGAAAAAGUGAAGUAAUUCAAGAAUUCAAAAGCGGAUUUUGUUCUUGGUCGGCACAAUGUCGCGAUGCUUUCCAUUUCCACCACCUGGAUACGAAAAGAAAGCUAGGAUAGAGGAUCUAGACCUAUUGAAAAAGGAUAAGCAUAAAAAGAAGAGGAAAAAGGAGAAUAGGGAUCACAAAGAAAAGAAAAAGAGCAGGAGCAGACAUAAAAGGGACAAGGAGAAAGACAGAGUUAAAGAUAAAGCUAAAACCUUGGAUGAGUCAAAACUUCCAGAUAAAAUCCAAUGUCACAAUCGACAAUUCCUCUUUCAGAAAGAUCUUGAAGACAAGGAUAACUGCAGACUAACCGAGAAGAGAUAUGCUGGACAGUCGGCUGGUUACAGUGACGGAAAGUUUAGUUGUGGUAGCCAUCUGCCUGAGAAAUUUAGUGUCUCCGAAAUUGCGCUCGAGUUACCUAAGAGGAAUAAGGAUGAGGAUGUUGAUAGUGGAUUUAGGAACCUUUCGGGGGAGAAGUUGUUUGCUUGUCUUCCAGAGAAAGAUGAUUGGAUGGAUAAGACAAUGGCUAAGGUCACUCAGAACUUCAAUGAAGGGAAGACGAAGAACAAGAAUAAGGACAGUCGUGAAGCAAAAUAUGGAGAUCUAGGAAUACAAGAGGAGUCAAAGUUCAGAAAAAGAGGGACUAUUCAGCCUAUGGUUAAAGAUGGAGUGGAUUCGGUGGAGAAGAAUGCUGAUGCUAAAACUGAAGAGAAGAAGUGGAAAGGAAAUGGGAGGGAUGAAAAAAGCAAGGACAAACAGAAGGACAAAGAUAAGGAAGGGAAAGGUAAGGAUAAAGAAAGAGAUAAAAAGAAGAAAAAGAAGGAGAAGAUUGAACAGAAGUUUGGAAACCUAAAAAAAUCAAAAGAAAGAUACGAAGGCGACGUUACCAGUCCUGAUUCAAUAAUAACAUCACAACUUCUCAGGGACAGCCACGGAUCUGUUGCAAGUAUAGGAAGCCUCAUGAAGAGGAAGGAAUUUGAGAACAAUGGAAUCUUUGCCAAGGAUCAUAUGUCCAGUAACUCUACAAAGUUCACUUCUUCUUCUGAUCUGCCUAGAGUAAACCACAAGAUGUUAAAAUCUUGCCAAUCUUCUGCACCAACUGCUUCAAAUUGGCAGGUACAGUCCAAGCCACCACAUCCAGAUUUAGAGUGUUUAAGCCAGGUGUAUUUAGUUCCCAAAAUGGAGGAAUGGUCAGAUUUUUGUGACCAAGAUUGGCUGUAUAGUAGCAGUGCUUCCAAAUUGAAGAAGCUGAAUGCACACAGGUAUGAGAUGGAGACAACGACACCAUACGUAUGGGCAGAGGCAAUGCAGAUUGACUCAAUUGAUAUCUGCGCUCUACCGUAUGUUGUCCCAUAUUGAAAGCUAUAAACGUCGUCUUAGCUGCAUCGACAACUCUGUAUGAUAUGACACAAAGUUAACAAACAGCCCGGUGAUGGUUUUUCAAUUGUUCUGCAGCAUUCCUUCAUUUUCACUCAGUUGUUGAGGUCUAACAUGAUUGAUAUUUGCUCUGUGAUCGAUGUUGUCACAUGAACUCGCUGCUGGAUCAACGAGCUGGGAUUUGGACAAUCUUUUUCACCAGUUAACACUGAACAUCCCUAAUUCAUUUAUGUAGCCAAGUAAAAUGCAAGCUCAUGAGAUUGCUUAGUAGGCAAGAUGCAUAAGCUUAUUAUGUAAUUUCCUCUUUCAUUUCAAAAGGGAAGUUAGAUGUGCAGAACUUAACUCUUGAUAGAUUUAUAAGAAAUAGAAAUAUAUAGAAUUUAGUCAUAUUUAUUUA